AUAGGACCUCCAUGAGCGGCGGUAAUCUUGCAGGUCUAGUUCGAGUGGCGAAAUGACAUCUGCUGCAUUCUAAAAUAGGAGUUCCUAGUGUACCGAACUUUCUGUGGCCGUCGAUAUAUCUGAUCCAUGAUCUUCCGCCGUUGUGUGAGUCGUCGUGCCCAAUGCACGCCAACCUAGCACCGCUCAUUCCAGCCACGGUACUUUCCGUGAUCUGAAUGCUUCUGCUGUAGAACUAAACAAGAAAAUUGCGUUGAUAGCACGAGAUGUGAGAUAGCAUCGGCAUGAGGACCGCAGCAGCCACCGUCAGGUGGCUUCACCGCACGUUAGGCGGGCGACAGAAAGCUCCAGCUCGAGAUCUAAAAAACCUCACUUUAAGCGUCCGCGUUACAGCUCCGGAAUCCAAACGAAGACCACUGCGGCUGAUCACGGUGUACGCCCUCGGCCUCCUUUUCACGGCUCUGAUCGUCAUUCCCGAUGCAAAUCAACGGCUGAUGAACCUCAAGAGCUCCUCCUCAGCAGAUUCAGGGGAAAGGUUCCCGGGAUCCCGGCAUCUAUCGGUUUCUUCUGCGAAAUCUAAAGCGGAAACUGGGAGCAGAAGCAAGAGCAAUGAGAUUCAGAAUAGUGCAAGCGGUGAGGCUGAGGAGCAAGAUGCAGGAGACGAUCCUCACGAUUUUGUCGCCCUGUCCGCGCGACGAACGACGCCUCGCGGACGCGGGAAGGUCGCUGAGAAAGGCAGAAUAGCAACACCUGAUCAAGAGCAACGCGGUCAAGAUACAAGCGGUCAGGAGGAAAGCCAAGCUGGUGCUGCUGAGAAUGCAGAAGACAAUACGGCGGGAACUGCAGCAGAUGUGGCUGAGACGGAGGCUGAUUCUGCUGCAGCAGAGGAAUCUGAUGCUGUGACUGACUUUCCAGAAGCAAGCGAAGAGGAAGUAGCCCGGGCCAAACCUGUCGUCCUUGCAUCUCCUCCUCCCCAACCUAAGCCCCCACCGAAAAAGCCCCCACGCCCUCCAAAUCCUAAGGACUUCCUCCUCACAUUCAAACCGAUUACUCCCACCCCACCCAAGACGUGGCCUGACAACAUCAUUCUCACCCUAGCCACGGGAGAAGCUUCCAAGAACAUGACAAUUCUGCUCCAGUCGUUUCAACGGUUUGUGGAGCAUGGAGGAAGAGCAUGGCUGAUCCUGUUCUUUGACCGUGUGCCGCUGUGGUGGUGGCCAAUGACUGCUGAGCAGAGGAGAGGAAUAUACAUGCAACAGUAUGAGGCACCACGAGCAGGGAAUUGGAGUCAUGCACCUGCCACCAACAUCCGAUACCUAGUGUUUAAAAAGUUCCUACACGAAUUGGGCUCGUCAUUUGAGGGAAACGUGGCCCUUUCGGAUGCUCAUGAUAUCCUCUUCCUCCGUGACCCUUUCCCUGCCAAGGAGGCCAAAGACAUGUUCUUACGCUUUAUCACGGAAGCUUCUCAGUACCCUAGGCAUGGAACCAAGGCAUUAUCUCUGCAACACAAGCAGCUAUUGGCUUGCUUUUCGCGAAAGGAAGCUUUCUCACUGGGAGGAAUGCGUGUUAUCAACCCUGGCUUCAUUUAUGGACCGGCUUUGCACAUGCGGCAGCUGCUGACACUGAUAGUGGCUGUGUUCCAGCAGGCUCCUCGAGUGUGUAUGAGGUGGGAAAAGAGUGAUCAGGCAGUCAUCAACCAGCUAGUACGAGCAGGGAUGCUGAAAAGAAUGCCGCAAAUAAAGGUGCAAGACAUGGAGCGUGCAAGUAUCCUCCACCGGUUUGGUCCAGAUGAUAAGUACAUCAUCGGUGACAAGAAGAAGGUGCUGAAUGAACACGGGGGCACUUUGUCGGUCCUACAUGGCUUUGAUCGGUUUCCAGAUACUCGAGUUCUGGCCAACAGAGUGUUGUCCGGGAAGCUUUGAAGAGUCUCUCUUUUUCUGGCUGUUAUGGGCCUGUAUGCGGCAGCGUCAAUUG